CUCUCAGCUGUCAGAGAGCAUUCAGUCUGCAGUGGAGGCACAAGCAGAAUCUGCCUCUGUUUGCUUAAUCUGCCGUUGCAGCACUAGUCCAAACCUCCAAAUUUAAAGGACUAUCUGAUGCUCUCUGUUUCUACUCAGCUACAAGAACUGAAAGGAGACAAGGAGUUAAAAAGGAAUUAAAUAUCCACUAAAUCUUGGCUUUUUAUUCUGUUUCUCUUCUAUUUCCUCCUUCCUGUCGUUGACCAGCAGAAUCACAGACGAAGCAGAUCACCAUCACAACAACCGCUUCUGAAGACAUCGUGGGAAUAACUUGCAACCUUAAUGCGAGAUACCACGACUAGUCCUCUGUGGAUCUGCAGUGUUUGAGUGAGAGUGUGUGCGUGACCCCUGCCAGAUAGGGCCCCCACCACAUUGUGUGUGCGUGCGUGAGGAGGCUAAUGCCCACGGUAGUGUGGUCAGGGCCAGAGGAGGAUGGGUCCGGCUGUGGAGGCUCAGGCCCAGGAGGCCAUGGAUGCAGAGCAAAAGCAAAAGCAGCAGCAGCAACAGCAGCAGAAGCAGCACCAGCAGUGCUACAUGGAGAAAGGAGUGAUGCUUGAACCCUUCAUACACCAGGUCGGGGGACAUUGCUGCGUCCUGCGCUUCGGGGAGCAAACCAUCUGCAAGCCCCUCAUCCCCCGUGAACAUCAGUUCUACAAGAAUCUGCCUGCUGCAAUUAGGAAGUUUACCCCCCAAUACAGAGGUAAUGCAAACUAGCCUUUUCUAACCUGUGUUGUGGCUGUUGUGUUUUGUUGUGUUGUUAUGCAUCUCUCUUUCUUUAUUUCAUUGCUCUGUGUACAUAUGUGCAAAUCAGGUGGGGACUGAUGUUUUUGCAGACAUGCCUUACAUUUUUGCAGGUUGUGUGUAAACGUUGAGAUUUUUAGGAAACGGAGCUCCCUGCUCCUGCUCAAGUGUUGUUUCUAGGUGCCUGCCAGCAGCAUGUACCAAAUUGUGCCACAGGAGGGUGCUGCAGCUGAGACUGCAAGUGGGCCUCCUACAAACAGGCUAUCCCAUUUGUGAUGUCCUCUUUGUAAGAGGCUGCACUAACACAGAUCCAGUAAUCCAAGGAGGUGCUGGACAGAGACCAUGAGGUCAUCUGAAAAGGUCAACAUCGACAGCCCUCUGGAUGACUGUGGAGCUUACAAACCUGAUGGAAUCACCACCACCACACCCUUUUUAGGAUCUUUAGAAAAGAUUAUGCACAGUGUGGUGUCGGUGAGCUUCGAGGAGGAUGAAGAAGGGAACCACUGCGUCAUUGCUUACCCCCUCCAGAGUGACCCAGCAGCAGAUCUGGAGAACAAGGACCCCUCGGCCGACUGCGAGCCCAAAAGCGAGAUGCUCAAGUGGGGGAAAAUGAUUGCAUCCUCACUGCUUGUGGACAGCGAGAAUUACAGCAAAGAUGGCCGAAGCCGCCACUCUCGUAAAGACAAAGACAAGAGUGUCCACAAGCUGCAGGAGGAUGUGGGGCUGGAGUCGCUGCGGCAGGCCGAGGUGCUCUACUACAGACUGGAGCGCAGUCACAGUAACGCUGUACCACAGCUCCGACACAACCCCUGGAGCCUCAGGUGUCAACAGUACCACCUGCAGAAGAUGAAGGAAAACGCCAAGCACCGCAACCAGUACAAAUUCAUCCUGCUGGAAAAUCUGACGUGGCGGCACACCAUGCCGUGUGUGUUGGACUUAAAAAUGGGCACACAGCAGCAUGGAGACGAUGCCUCGGAGGAGAAGAAGGCCGUGAAGAUCCGCAAGUGCCAGCAGAGCACAGCAUCCUCAAUUGGAGUCUGCCUCUCUGGCAUGCAGGUGUACCAGUCUGACACGGGCCAGCUGAUGUUCAUGAGCAAGUUCCACGGCCGCAGGCUGACCCUGCCGGACUUCAAGGAGGCUUUGUUCCAGUUCUUCCACAGUGGACGGCAUCUACGAAGUGAGCUCCUCUCUCCGGUGCUGCACAGGCUCAGAGACAUGCAAGCUGCCCUGGAAGCCUGUGAGUCCUAUCGCUUCUACUCCAGCUCCCUGCUCAUCAUCUACGACGGAGCGCCCCGCCGAAAACACACACGCCAACACACUGAGGACGGACUCUCAGAAGAAGAGGAUGAGGAGGACGAGGAGGUGGAGGCUGAACCAGAAAAGGAGGAGGAGGAGGAGGUGGGUGCAGUAGCAGGUGCGCUUAGUUUUCCUCACAGCCCCUCCGCGUCUAGCAAUGGCAGCAGCAGUGGCGGGAGCUCAGCUGUCAGCCAGGCUCGCUUGUCCCGCUCAGACUCCCGCAGCCCCGUGGUGGAUGUCAGGAUGAUAGAUUUUGCCCACACCACCUGCAGACAUUACCAGGAGGACAGAGUGGUGCACGAGGGCCUGGACAGCGGUUACAUCUUUGGUCUCCAGAACCUGAUCAACAUCAUCUCCGAGCUGGAGAACCACAGCACAGACUGAAGACUGACACGACACACACACACAUUCAGACACAGAUGCACAAUAACACACUCUCUGACCUUUGGAAGAAAAGAGGAGGACUGGACUACAGAAGCGGAGAGAGAUUUCUCCUCUCCUCUUCAAAAUCAGACCUUGUUGUAGCUGGCCUUUCAUCGGACCCCGUUCCCGUUUCUGCCGUUGGUGCUUCUCGAUCUUCCUGUUGUGUGUGUCCGUCUUCGGGAUAUGAAACAGACCUGCACGUAACAUAGAAGAGCCAUCUGUGUGACUGAUGCAGUGAUUUACCCAUUGUCAUCAUUCUGUUUAAUCCAGUUCACCUUUAGGACAAAAGGGGUAGACAGCAAAUAAAAGUAGUUUGAAGUCUGAGACAGUAGAAAUGUUUUCAUUGUGUCCGAUUCCAAAGAAAGUGUCAGCAUUUUGCACACACAAACAUGCACUUUCAACACAUUCUGUUGAACAAGUGUGUGUUUACAGUGAGACAGGGCUAUGCGAGAGAGCAGGAGUUGUAUGUGUAUGAGGACAGAGUCGAUGGGAGGAGAGGUAGUACACUCACACCCUCCAUUCUUCUCUUUUGCCUUUUCAUUCUGCCAUCCUUCUUUCCCUGUUCGUCUUCAAAGAGACUAUAUUCAUAUAAGUAUCAGAGACAGAUGAUAUAGAGUUAUUUCUUUAUUUGACACGUUUCAUAAAAUAAACAAAGUUCAAAAAAGAUUGUGUAUGGACAGUACUACAUUCCAUGUUAUUAAUGUUAUAAUAAUGAUAUGAAUUAAUAUUGUUAUUUGACAUGUUUGGAUACCUCUAUCUUGUAUAAAUGUGUUGUCCACAGUUUGUUUGGGGAGAAAUUAAAGUCUUGGGUUUGUGCUAA